CUUUCAACCUUCUAUUUCCAUUCUACUACCUACCUACCUAAGGUACCUAGGUAUUAAGUAGCAACAUUUGUUCUAUCCUAUAAUUUACGCCGCACCAGCUCCCGAUUGGUCAUUCAUAAGAUGCACCAUCUCGCACUUCACCCACAAUGCGGUAUAUGUACCGACAUGAUGUUUAGGCACGAAAGGGUCAUAGCAUUCUUCGGCAACGGCAACUCGACCUCGUAUCAUGGGCAGACGCGACCAUUCCUGUUCCCCGACGUCCAACAUACAAUCACCACAGUCGACGGUUUUCGGUUGUGUCGCUACCCUAACUGCAAAACAUGUGCUGCGUCCCCUCACUUUAUACCUGUACAUUACGAGUGCUUUAAUAUUUUUCGACAUUAUUGUACCGACGCCCCAGACGCCCUAGAUCGGCUGUGGACAGCAGCCGCUUGGAGAAUCCCCUGGCAAGGAGCACGUCCUGUUCAUCUUCCAGGUUACCGACUCGACAUAACCUCAUUGAAGGAAUUAUCUCGAGUUUGCCAAUUAUCGCAACUGUGCAAGCUUCCACCUGAACUACUUAGCAUCAUUCAAGGCUAUUCCGAGCAUGCCUUGUUUUGGCGGGCAGUUUCGGCACAUAGUUUCGCUGCGCGUAUAUUGUCCAGUAGCCCAGAACCCCUCUUGACCAUGUCGCUAGGUGAUAUUCUCUUCUGGAAACGCGGCGGAAAACCUGAAAAGCGUCGUAACGAUUAUCCACCAGGCGUGUCUCUGGUAAGAUUUACCAUCGAUUCCGACGGAAUCAGCAAGAUAGAGCGCGUAUCUAGUCAUGUUUUCAAAGAGGGGCCUCGCAACGGUUUCGCUUAUAUUGUAGAGCAAGAGCGGAAGAUUGCCAAGUUUGCAGCGCAGUUGAAGGACGGCUUGUUACGUCUCGAUUUGCCGCCCGGUCAACCAAACCCCCGAAUUUGGAACACGCCAGAUCCUCCAGACUUAUUUCUUUGUACACCAUAUAUCAGUUCGUAUCCUUCCUGGCAACGCUUCUUCGCCAUUGAUACGGGCUGUAUAUCGGGUAUCACUUUCUUUUUCUCCCUCGGCCGGCUUGUCGGUAUUCACCCUCAUUACUCUAAUGCAUUAGAUGCUAUGCCGACGUAUCGUCGCUUUUCACAUAGACGCCGACGAAGCUUAAUUUGGGCCUUUCAGCCUAUCGCAAAACAUGAUCGACUCCUUGUUCUUGGAACCCGCGAGUCUUUGCAAGGAGACUUCAAUGUUCUUAUUCGGACUGAGCAGGCUGGUGAUGUGGCUAUCGGGCCGUAUAUCCCAAUUCCUGCGAGAGAUCGGUGUCUGGGUUGGCGUCCUCCUAUAAGUCUUAUUUAUAAUGAGCCUAUAGAAGGACAUGAAAUUUCUUUUUUAGGCGCAUACUGCGGGCUGCCUAGGAAGAUGGAAUUGCCCAAGCCUUUUGCAGUGGAAAGACUAAGAUCUAAUCCACUUGGCGAACAUGCUCAUCUCUCAAGGGCGCCCUUAACGGAUGUUGCGUCGGCGGAAAUAUUCUAUGACGAAGAAACCCAGUAUUGCAGAGGUAUCAUGUUUCGAUAUCAUGAUGGGGCAUGCCGAGUUGUAGGUCAAUGCCGUGUACACGUGGAUGCGACGAAGCGGGUAUCCCGGCCACUGCGAUUUUGUUAUCGUAUUGACACACGCCAUCUUUGUCGUCAAGUGGUCCACUCCGCUCAGGUAACUCUACAAAAGGGGCCUUGUCAUCGACAUAAUGAAGGAUGGAACUGUCACCAGUUCGAUGGAAUGUUGAACUUUUGGUUUACUGCUGAUUCGUCAUUUAUAACUAUCGAGAACUAAGCGAGACGCUGAGACUUCUGGGUUCUAAUCGUCCAUGAGACGCUGGUCAAACUACAACCUUCAAGUGCCGUACGCCAUCGUUCAACCAGCACGUGAGAAUGAUAUCGUGAGUAUCAUCAGGGAGGCUAUAUCAGCUUCUGUGCCUCUCGUACCGGCCUCGGAUGGGACACAGUCCAUGGUCUUCUAUCGACCAGGACGGAAUCAUCAUCGAUCUGAGCCGAUAUAAAGGGGUUACUGUUGACGCGGCCAACAAUCUUGCCACAGUCAAAGGCGGUACUCGGCACUUGUGAACGAAGAGGGGCGACGCAUGUGCGACAUGCA